CUGUCUUUGACGUCGCAGCGCCACCGUCUCUGGUCACGAUAAAAUGGCGACCGCGCGGACAAAGUUCUUGUCCAUGCGUGCAAUCGUGCUUCUGCUGCUCUUCGCCCUCAUUUCAGCUUCUGCAACGCUCGCAGCUGGGAAUGGAAACGAGGACAAGAGUGGUGUGGAACGCAGCAGUAGCUCGAGUCCUCAUACUGUUGGUACGCAUCCUGAAAAGAUGUUUGAAACAUCCAAAGCUCUGAACAAGGAUACCCUGCAUACGCCACAAGCUUUCUCCGGAGAAGUCAGGAUUGGUCAGCAGUCCAGAGUUGCUUCCUCCUCAGAUGACGCAAGUCGCAAGCAGGAGCAGGAGCACCAUUUAAAGAGGUUAGGCCGUGGAGGUUGGGAAAAAGACCGGGCUAGCAUCGCAAUGGCUCUUCAGCAACGAGUCCAAGGGGAGCUGGAGAGACAAAAGCAAGAUGAGGAAAAGCAGGCAAAAAUCCACGGAGAAGGCCAAGAAAUACUGAAAAAAUCCAUGGAGGAAAGUCUCUCGUCUUCAUUGGCCACAUCGACCGGGCUAAGCCAUUCCUCUUUGACGCAAGAGGACAACUGGGGAAGCUUUACAUCUUCAACGCAAGAGGGAAGCGAGAGUGAGAAUGAAUUCCUACUCGAGAAGGACGACUCCCACUCGCGUCGAGGGAAGAAGAAGAAGGGUUUGCUUGGAAAGAUCGGCAAGAGCAAGUUCUUUGGAGGCGGUGGGAGUGGCUCUCGAAGCUAG